AUGGAUGAGGAGGUUCAGGAACUGCAUCAUUUAUUGCCAGAUGAAGUCAAGAAUGAAGAUGUGAGAAGAAAUGUUAUGAUUCAAGGCAGACCUCAGUGGCAGAAAGGCAGCUGCAGGGUCAAGAAUUGGGAUAACUCCAUUCCUUGCAUAGGUGGGAAUUUCCAAGAAGCAAUUCACACAUUGGAGGAAACAUACAAAUGCUUGGAGUGUGGAAUGAACUUCUCAGAUCAAAGCCAGUAUAAUCUCCAUUUCAGAAUGCACACUGGAAAGAAAACCAAUCAAUGCCUGAAGGCCAUGGUUCACAGAGCAGAGUUCCUUAGGCAUCUAAAAACACAUUCAGGAGAGAAACCUUAUAGCUACUCAGACUGUGGCAAAAGGUUCUCAGAGAAAUCAGACCUUGUUCAACACCAAAAGAAUCAUUCAGGAGAGAAGCACUUUAUGUGUUCAGAGAGUGAAAUGAUGUUUUUGGAUGGAAGAAAAGGUAAUGCACAUUUUUCAAAGCCUGGUAUACUGAAAGCAUGUAAAUGCUUUCGGUGUGGAAAGUACUUUAACUUCAGAUCACAACUCCUUGUGCACCAAAAGAUCCACGCAGAGGAGAAGCCCUUUGAAUGCUCAGAGUGUAGGAAGAGAUUCAGUCACAGUAGCAGUCUUCAAAAACAUCUAAGAACCCACACACGGGAGAAACCUUUUGAAUGCUCAGAGUGUGGGAAGAGAUUCGGUCACAGUAGCAGUUUUCAAGAACAUCUAAGAACCCACACAGGAGAGAAGCCUUUUGAAUGCCCAGAGUGUGGGAAGAGAUUCAGGCACAGUAACAGUUUUCAAGAACAUCUAAGAACCCACACAGGGGAGAAGCCUUUUGAAUGCUCAGAGUGUGGGAAGAGAUUUAGGCACAGUAGCAGUCUUCAAAAACAUCUAAGAAUUCACACAGGGGAGAAGCCUUUUGAAUGCUCAGAGUGUGGGAAGAGAUUCAGUCACAGUAGCAGUUUUCAAGAACAUCUAAGAACCCACACAGGGGAAAAGCCUUUUGACUGCCCAGAGUGUGGGAAGAGAUUCAAUCACAGAAGCCAUCUUCAAACUCAUCUUAGGAUCCACAAAGGACAGAAGCCUUUUGAAUGCUCAGAGUGUGGGAAGAGAUUUGGUCAGAGUAGCAAUCUUCAAAAACAUCUAAGAACCCACACAGGGGAGAAGCCUUUUGAAUGCUCAGAGUGUGGAAAGAGAUUCAGUCAGAGUAGCGGUCUUCAAGAGCAUCGAAGAACUCACACAGGAGAGAGGCCUUUUGAAUGCUCAGAGUGUGGGAAGAGAUUCAGUCGGAAUGGCACUCUUCAAAGUCAUCAUCAAACAACCCACACAGGAGAGAAGCCUUUUGAAUGCUCAGAGUGUGGGAAGAGAUUGAGUCGCAGUGGCGAUCUUCAAAUUCAUCUAAGAACACACACAGGGGAGAAACCUUUUGAAUGCUCAGAGUGUGGGAAGAGAUUCAGUCAAAGUAGCAAUCUUCAAAAACAUCUAAGAACCCACAGAGGGGAUAAGCCUUUUGAAUGCUCAGAGUGUGGGAAGAGAUUCUAUCAUCGAGGCCUUCUUAAAACUCAUCUAAGGACCCACAAAGGGCAGAAGCCUUUUGAAUGCUCAGAGUGUGGGAAGAGAUUCAGUCACAAUAGCAGCCUUCAAAUACAUCUAAGAAUCCACACAGGGGAGAAGCCUUUUCAAUGCUCAGAGUGUGGAAAGAGAUUCAGUCGCAGUGGCGAUCUUCAAGGUCAUCUAAGAACCCACACAGGGGAGAAGCCUUUUGAAUGCUCAGAGUGUGAGAAGAGAUUCAGUCACAGUAGCACUCUUCAAAAACAUCUAAGAACUCACACAGGGGAGAAGCCUUUUGAAUGUACAGAGUGUGGGAAGAGAUUCAGUCAGAGUAGCUAUCUUCAAAAACAUCUAAAAAUCCACACAGGGCAGAAGCCUUUUGAAUGUCCAGAGUGUGGGAAGAGAUUCAGUCUGAGUAGCUAUCUUCAAAAACAUCUAAGAACCCACACAGGGCAGAAGUCUUUCUAA